UUUUGUUUUGAUGUUUUUGCGAUCGCUUUCACUGUGUUUGCUCUGCUCGGAUGAGUCAGAUUUAGGAAAAACAAAUUAAAAUCCAAUUUUGUGCAGCAAGUCAACGACUGUUUAAUAUUUUAGUAAGUUUUAGGCAAUCGUUAAACAACUAACUAAAGAUGGAGUGGCUAUUCGGUAAGAAAAUGUCCCCGGACGAGAUGAUGCGUAAGAACCAGCGCGCUCUGAACAAAGCGAUGCGAGAUUUGGAUCGGGAGAAAAUGAAAAUGGAACAGCAGGAAAAAAAGAUUAUCGCGGACAUCAAGAAGCUGGCCAAGGAAAACCAGAUGGAUGCGGUGAAAAUCAUGGCUAAAGAUUUGGUUCGGACGCGACGGUACGUCCGGAAGUUCAUGCUCAUGAAGGCCAACAUCCAGGCGGUGUCGCUUAAAAUUCAAACCCUCAAAUCGCAGAACGCCAUGGGAGAGGCCAUGAAGGGCGUCACGAAAGCGAUGACCAACAUGAACCGACAGCUCAAUAUGCCACAGAUUCAGAAAAUUCUGCACGAAUUCGAGAAACAAUCGGAGAUUAUGGACAUGAAGGAGGAAAUGAUUAACGAUGCUAUGGAUGACGCCAUGGAAGACGAAGGCGACGAGGAGGAAACUGAUGCCAUUGUGUCGCAGGUUCUGGAUGAAUUGGGUCUGCAGCUUAACGAUCAGCUGUCGGGAUUGCCUCAGGCUUCCGGGUCUCUGUCGGUGGCUGGUGGUGUCAAAGCUCCCCAGGCGGCUGCAAUGGGAGCAGGUGGAGCGGCUGGCGGUUCAGGAGGAGCAGGUUCUCCCGUUUCGGACGCCGAUGCCGACCUGCAGGCUCGUCUGGACAAUCUGCGAAGAGAAUAGUCUGGAGGAUGACGUACCUAUACCACCACCUACUCCAUUUGAUUUGGUUUAUACACGACGGCAAGAUUUAGUGUGAUCGCUUGGGCCGGAUUUGACGGUGAAACGUAAAUCGGCGAGAAAAGCAAAGCAGAGCUAAUUUAAAACGUAAUUGUUUUCAAAAUGUAAUAUCACGAUACGAUAUACAUAGCUUACUAUAAACUAUUAUUUUAUAAUUAAAACAAAAAUCGUCGGGUUUAUUUGCAUGAACUGAAUGUAUCCGUUCUGAAUAAUCAUUAAUGGCCUUGAAAAUGUGUAUGAGUGGGACGGAGCUAAAUUUGCGAAUAAAUGUUUACAAUAAAUAUAUAAAACAUG